UCUCAAUAUCUAUACUGAUAAUAAAGAUCGAGAAGCUACUAAAAGCGUUUUGCUGAGCGGUUAGAAAAAUGAGCAGUGUACUUAGGAAUCAAGGAAGCUGCGUUGCGAUCCGCGCUUUCUCCCCUUCCUCUUCCCUUAACCGUUGUUCUCACGGCUCUGCUUCAUCAGAUGGUGCAACAUGUGGAAGGCCAGCUUGGAUUGGUAAAGGCCUUACUUGUGUUUGUUUCAAACGCAAGGGAGUUUAUGAAGGGAUCUGCGUUAACUUGACACCCAAACAGGAAGAAAGAUUGAAGAGGUUGAGACACAGGAUGAAGGUGUACUUCGAUGGUUCCAGGCCUGAUCAUCAGGAAGCAUUGAGAACACUAUGGUCUGCUACAUACCCUGGAAAGGAGCUGCAUGGUUUGAUAUCAGAUCAGUGGAAAGAAAUGGGAUGGCAGGGAAGGGAUCCAUCGACUGAUUUUAGAGGAGCUGGGUUCAUUUCUUUGGAGAACCUGUUAUUCUUUGCCAAGACAUUCUCGAUGUCAUUUCAAUGUUUAUUAAAGAAGCAAGGUGGAAAGAGAUCUGCAUGGGAGUAUCCAUUUGCUGUGGCUGGCGUAAAUAUCACAUUCAUGAUCAUGCAAAUGCUUGAUCUUGAUGCCACUAAACCUAGGACAUUCAUCAGAUCAAUUUUCUUACAGAUAUUAUCAGAAAAUGAAUGGGCGUUUGACUUGCUCUACUGCGUGGCAUUCGUGGUCAUGGACAAGCAAUGGCUGGAGAGAAAUGCCACGUACAUGGAGUUCAAUGAUGUGUUGAAAUCAACAAAGGCUCAGCUGGAAAGAGAACUCCUCACCGAUGAUGUGCUGUGUAUUGAAGACAUGCCUUCCUAUAGCCUUCUCUGCUAGCCAUUAGUAAUCUUAUUAUUAGGAGUCCCCAAAAUUAGUAGUUUAGGUUCAGCUCCAUUACAUAUAUGCAC